CUGAAAGAUAUGACAGAGUGAGAGGUCCGUCUAAAAAAGAUAUGACAGAGUGAGAGGUAUGACAGAGUGAGGAGUCUGUCUGAAAGAUAUGACAGAGUGAGAGGUCCGUCUAAAAAAGAUAUGACAGAGUGAGAGGUAUGACAGAGUGAGGAGUCUGUCUGAAAGAUAUGACAGAGUGAGAGGUCCGUCUAAAAAAGAUAUGACAGAGUGAGAGGUAUGACAGAGUGAGGAGUCUGUCUGAAAGAUAUGACAGAGUGAGAGGUCACCGGACAGCAACAUACACAGCUCAGACGAGGGAGUUGGAUUUGUGCUCCUCUGCUCGGCGGCGAGAGGAAAAGCUGAGAUUGAAGCCGCCGCGGGGAACCAGGAGCUCGGGCUGCUGCUGCUGCUGCUGCCGCCGCUGCAAUGGAGCUGGAGAACAUCGUGGCCAACACGGUGCUGCUAAAGGCGCGGGAAGGAGGAGGUGGAAGCAGAAAAGGGAAAAGUAAGAAGUGGAAGCAGAUGCUUCAGUUUCCUCACAUCAGUGUGUGUGAAGAACUGCGACAGACCACAGACAAAGACUACAGCAGCCUGUGUGAGCGUCAGCCCAUCGGACAUUUACUGUUCAGACUUUUCUGUGAGACUCGACCUGAGCUACGACGCUGCGUCAACUUCCUGGAUGCUGUGGCGGAGUUCGAGGUGACGCCUGACGAGAAGAGGAAGGAGAGCGGUCAGGAAGUGAUCGACAAAUACUUCAACACAACGUCGGACAAUCACGUGUCAGAGGUGGAGGACGCCAUGAUGGUCCAGUGCAGGGAGCGGCUGCAGCAGGACGCCUGCAAAGACCUCUUCAAGGACUGUACCAAAUUAAUCCACGAUUACCUCAGUGUGGCACCGUUCGCAGAUUACCUGGACAGCAUGUUCUUCAACAGGUUCUUACAGUGGAAAUGGCUGGAGAGACGUCCAGUGACUAAAAACACGUUCAGACAGUACAGAGUUUUAGGAAAAGGAGGAUUUGGAGAAGUGUGUGCGUGUCAGGUUCGAGCCACGGGGAAAAUGUACGCGUGUAAGAAGUUGGAGAAGAAAAGAAUAAAGAAGAGAAAAGGAGAAUCGAUGGCUCUGAACGAGAAAGUGAUUCUGGAGAAAGUCAACAGCAGAUUUGUCGUGAGUUUAGCGUACGCCUAUGAGACAAAGGACGCGCUCUGUCUGGUUCUGACCCUGAUGAACGGAGGAGACCUGAAGUUCCACAUCUACCACAUGGGCGAGUCGGGUUUUGACGAGACCAGAGCCGUCUUCUACUCUGCAGAGAUCUGCUGCGGGUUAGAGGACCUGCACCGAGAGAGGAUCAUCUACAGAGACCUGAAACCAGAGAACAUCCUGCUGGACGACCUUGGCCACAUCAGAAUAUCAGAUCUUGGUCUGGCCGUUCAUGUCCCAGAGGGACAAACCAUUAAAGGACGAGUGGGGACAGUGGGAUACAUGGCUCCAGAGGUGGUGAUGAACCAGCGUUACAGCCUCAGUCCAGACUGGUGGGGACUGGGAUGUCUUCUGUACGAGAUGAUCGAGGGACAGUCUCCGUUUCAGCAGAGGAAGAAGAAGAUUAAGAGGGAGGAAGUGGAGCGGCUGGUGACCGAGGUGGACGAGGAGUAUUCAUGCAAGUUCUCCGAGGACGCCAAGUCCCUCUGCAAGAUGCUGCUCGCCAAAGACCCCACAGAGAGGCUGGGCUGCCAGGGGGGCGGAGCCUCAGAGGUCAAAGCCCAUCCCAUCUUUAGGUCCAUUAACUUCAAACGUCUGGAGGCAGGAAUGUUGCAGGUUCCCUUCAUCCCUGACCCUCAGGCCAUCUACUGUAAAGAUGUGCUGGACAUCGAGCAGUUCUCGUCAGUCAAAGGAGUGGAGUUGGAGCCUAAAGACGAGUCUUUCUACAGUAAAGUGUCCACAGGCAGCGUCUCCAUUCCCUGGCAGAAUGAGAUGAUCGAGACCGAGUGUUUUACUGAACUCAACGUUUUCUCCCUGGACGGGACACUUCCUGUGGACCUGGACUGGAGAGGACAACCGUCUCCUCUUCCCAAACAGGGACUCCUGCAGCGGCUGUUUGGAAGACAGGACUGUUGUGGUAACUGCAGUGACAGUGACGAGGAGCCUACCAGGCUGUGACACACACACACACACACACACACACACACACACACACCUGUUUACGACUUUUGCACAUUUGUUUUUUAAAGAUUCUUCCUAUAAAAUCGUCAGAAUUUA